AUGGAAUCCUCGGAGGAAUCGAUGCCUUCUACCAUGGCUGAAAACAAGGAGAGGAAGUCGGCGCCCCAAGAAAGCUUUCCUCGAUGGAGACGUCUUUUUGGCGGAAGACCUAAUGAUGAUAACGAGAACGGGGAAGAAACCUACCGAGCGAGGUCGACUUUGGGGAUUCUGAGCGACAAACAGACGGACGAAGUACCUGGAACGAUUCUUCUGCUGUCUUCCAAUCGCAAUGAGCCUCUGGGAAUGAGGCAUCAGCCCCAACGAACAUCCACAUCAUCAAUUCACUCCUCCGCUGCCCCGUCCCGAUCCUCCUCUCGGUCUGUCGCUCCCCAGAAAAAACGCACGGCAGAUGGACAGAUAGUCCUCGAACCACAGCCGGACGACUCGGUGAACGACCCGCUUAACUGGCCUGUAUGGCAGCGAGACGCGGCACUGUUCUCCUUGGGCUUUUACUGUUUGAUCGGAGGAGGAAUGACUCCCAUCCUGGCGGCUGGUUUCGACGAUGUGGCCAAAUCAUACGAUGUGACUAAGCAGCAGGUGGCCUAUACGACUGGGUUGUAUAUGAUGGGUCUUGGUAUUGGAUCCGUCAUCAUGUCCCCGACGGCCAUUUUGUUCGGCAAGCGGCCGGUCUACCUUUUGGGCGCGGUUCUUUUCGUUGUAUCUGGAGUUUGGUGUGCACUUUCACCCAACUAUCCAAGCCUGGUCGUCGCUCGUAUCUUCCAGGGAAUCGCCGUGAGUCCCGUGGAGUGUCUUCCGUCUGCCACGAUUGCAGAGAUCUAUUUCCUGCACGAGCGCGCAUACCGGGUGGGUAUUUACACCCUUCUGCUACUCGGUGGAAAGAACCUGGUUCCACUAGCCAGUGCCGCUGUGAUCGGCAGCUUAGGGUGGCGCUGGGUGUUUUGGAUCGUCUCGAUGAUUGUCGGUGCUUGUUUCUUCCUGCUAUUUUUCUUUGUUCCAGAGACUUUCUGGGAUCGUACGCCUCGGCCGCGCAAGCACCACAAGCGCCCUCACAAGGGUAGGACCGUGUCUGACCUUGUCUCACAUGGGUUUCGUGGUCGUCGCUCGCAUCCUGAGCUUCCCAUUGAGGCCAAGGGGGAACCUGCAGCCGAUGUACCACCAGCUCCAAGAAAAGAGAAACAUGCGCAUUUCACCUUUGCGGAUGAAGCAAGCAACGAGAAGCAGGCCCCUGAGAUGACGCAAGACCCUACAAUCCCCGAACACGUCGCAGGACCCGUCAUCGACGACCACAUCGUUACUGAACCCUCCACCGCGGCUACCGAGCGGGGCGAUGGGUUCCUUCAGCCACCUGCCCCGGCGAUCGUAGCACCUCAAACUCCAGGAGAGGUGGAGGCCGCAUGGCGAGCCACCCAGUCGCCUUUGCGUAGCGAAUCUCACUCGCCGGGAAUGCACCUUCCUGCCACGCAGCAGUAUACUAACCGACUUCGCGAUCGACCUAAGAUUCCCUUUUCCCAAUUACUGACCGUUUGGAAUGGCCGCAUUGCCCACGACAAAUGGAGAAAUGUUGCUACGCGACCCUUCAUCCUAUUCGCUUACCCGGCCGUGCUCUGGUCAGCCGUCAUUUAUGCCUUAUCGGUCGGCUGGUUAAUUGUGCUUUCCGAGUGCGUUGCGGUGAUCUACGAAAGCUCUGACUACUACGGCUUCACCGCACUUCAGACUGGUUUGAUCUAUAUCUCACCAUUUGUUGGUGGCCUGCUCGGCACGGCUGUAGCAGGUAAGGUGUCGGAUAUUGUUGUGCGAUUCAUGACACGCCGCAACGGUGGUAUCUACGAGCCCGAGUUCCGUCUGAUCAUGGCAAUUCCUAUUGCACUCUCCACGGCCAUCGGAUUGAUGGGCUUUGGGUGGAGUGCACAGCUGAUGGAUGCAUGGAUCGUGCCUACGAUCUUCUUUGGCCUUAUUUCGUUUGGUUGCUGUCUUGGUAGUACCACCGCCAUCACAUUUUGUGUCGACAGCUAUCGCCAAUACGCUGGAGAGGCUCUCGUUACCCUGAACUUCAGUAAGAAUAUUCUCCACGGCCUCAUCUUCUCCCUCUUCAUUGUAAAUUGGCUCGAGUCCGAUGGUUCUCGGACAGUAUUUCUGGCCAUUGGUGGCAUCCAGAUAUUUUGUCUCUUACUGACAAUCCCGAUGUACAUAUACGGCAAGCGGGCGCGCAUGUGGACUGUGCGUAAGCGCCUGAUGGAACGGUUUUAA